AUGCGAGCUACGUCCCGUCUCUGGAAGAUGGCGAAAGACACCGUGCUCGAAGGCGUCUUCGCCAUCAACAAGCCGUACGGCAUGAGCUCCGCGCAAGUAAUUCGUGAUGCUCAGUCGCAAUUCAACCCGUCGGCAAUGUUUAAGCCAUUGAUCGAGAGAGACCUUGCUGCGAAGAUGGCAGAGCCGAAGCAAGAAUGGAAGCGCCGCCGGCAAGUCAAGAAGGAUACGCGCGUGAAGAUGGGCCACGGUGGAACCCUCGAUCCUAUGGCUACCGGUGUGCUCAUCUUGGGCGUUGGAUCGGGAACUAAGUCCCUCGGCUCCUUUCUCGACUGCACCAAGACGUACGAGACCGUGGUAGUAUUUGGCACGAGCACAGAUACCUAUGACCGUGUCGGUAGGAUAUUGAGCAGAAGACCCUACGACCAUAUCACAAGAGAGCAGGUUGAGAAGGCGAUGGAAAGCUUCAAGGGCAAGUUUGAGCAGAUCCCGCCUUUGUACUCUGCACUCAAGAUGGAGGGAAAGCCUCUCUAUGAGUAUGCGCGAGAGGGUAAGGCUAUCCCCAGAGAGAUCGCCGGUCGCGAGGUUGAGGUUACGGAGCUUGAGCUUGUGGAGUGGUACGAGCCCGGUUCGCACAACUACAGAUGGCCUACCGAGGAGGCCGAGACCGCUGAAAAGAACUUGGCGGAGCAGGUCUGGCGGGUAAAGAAGCAGCAAGACACCAACGGCAACAGGAAACUGUCCCCGGCUGAGGAGAAGGAGGAGGAGAAGGCCAUCUCGGAGCACGAGUCCUUUAAGAAGAAGUUUGAGGAACGGCAAGACGAGCUCAUCCGCGACAAGCCUCCUAAGAAGCAGCGCCCGCCCAAGAACGCGGCUCUCAUGUCUGGUGCGCUUGGGCAGUUGCCGGCUGGGAAGGGUUCUAACCUCAUUCCUCCCCCGCCGUCCGAGGAAGAGCCCUUCCCUUGGACUGACAAGGGCCCACCAGCUGCCAAGAUCCGGAUGACGGUCACCUCUGGCUUCUACGUGCGCAGCUUCUGCCACGACUUGGGUGCCAAGGUUGACUCUGCGGGUAUCAUGGCCGAGCUGGAGCGUUCGCGACAGGGAGACUUUGAGGUCCGUACCGAGACCUGCUUGGAAUACAGCGACCUUGAAAAGGGUGAGGACGUAUGGGGCCCCAAGGUGAAGGAAGCGCUGUCCUCCUGGACGGAGAAAUACCCCACGGGAGCGCCUCAAUCACAGCGGGAGCGGAGCAACCAGAACCAGCAGAACAACGGCCGCAAUAACCACCAGAAGAAGCGCAAGUGGGAGGACAACAGGAAGAAUGACAGAAAUGUCAAGAAGAGGAGAAAUUCAAGCUCAGAUGAGGGCGACAAGCCCGCUAAGAUGGCAAAGACGGAGGAAACAAGGUCUGAGCAAGUGAGGGGCUCUCCGAAGGGAUCGCCUAAGGGAUCGCCCAAGGGAUCGCCCAAGGCAAAGACGCCCACAAAGUCACAGGAGGCCGCAUGGGAGGGCAUCAAAGACUGA